AUGCCUGCAGCUCCAAACUACAGAAUUAUGACCCUUGCCGACUUGAAGAAAGCCACUCAAAAGCUUGAUAUCACCAUUUUCGACCGCAAUAACUUUUUUCAUGGAAGAGCCGGCCGUAAAUACGUAAAAAUCCCAAUGUCUGCAUAAGAAAAACGGAGAAGGAAUUGCCAAGAUACUGCAAAUUACGUUCGACGGAAUCACAACGAGAAGGCAGCUUUCGAAGGAUUUCUUGUCGAAACAAGUGCGAUCAAAGAUCGUCUGGAGCAAUUGAAUCAAGAAAUUGUGCCUGAAAGUGUGGAAGACUUUGUGAAGAAAGCGGUGGCAGUUAUGGAGGCAAUCCUGCAAAAGUCUCCAGGCAUCGAGGUGGAUGUGAGAUUGCAAUUUGAAAUCCAAGAUGAUCAUCAGAUCUACGAAAACUUCAAGGACAAGCAUCAAGAAGCCAUGAACUACAAGUCUUGGAAGCACCAGCUUGACAUUGUAAUAGCCCAGCAGACGCUGGAUAAUCUCUUGGCUACCCAGGGAAGAAGCUCAAAGAGUUGUAUAUGGGAAAUAAUUGCAAAGCAACAGCUGAAAAGGGACUGCUACAAGAAUUUGGAGAAAAUUGAAACUUUGAUUGGGAAGCUGGACCUGCUUCAGGAUUGUGUGGCUCAGUUGAAGCAUAGUAUCUGGAGAAACAAGCUCGAAAUCUACAGCAUCUUCUUCAAGCUCUUUUGUCGAACUGCGGAGCCCGCCGACACUGAGCUAGUCAACAGAAUCGUCGAGCAUUUUUCUAACAACUUUCCGCAACCAGAGAGUCCUUCCGAACUUCCAACACUUUCCAAUGUAACACAAUGAUAGUGAAUACGGGGAUGCAUUUACGUCUGGCUAAAGACUUGAAAGCCCGGAACUAGCAGCAAAAGUCGUGAAGAAAAAGUGAACUCUUCUGGCUCACCACUCCACCUCCAAAAUCCGCGCAUGCCAUAGUUUUAUAA